AUGACUUCGUCCUCUUCGAUGCCUCAAAACAUGAUGGACCCCGGUCGCACUCAGACUAUGUCUUCAAUGUCCUCUGGUAUGCAACGGCAACCACCGCCUCGUGCUCCCCCAGGACACUAUGGGGACCCAGCAGCUGGCAGGACUCGGACAAUGGAUAGCAAUAGCAUGAUGGGGAAUGGCUACUAUCCAAGCCAACGCUCAGCAUCUGGUGGUCAAAUGCCACCUCACUACAUGCAGCAGCAGCAACAACAUCAUCAACCACGACGUCCGUAUCCUGGCCCUGGAGGACCUCCACCUCCUCGAAUGGAGCAAAGAGGUCCGCCGCCUCCGCAAGCUCCUGGUGCAAGGACUCCCGCCCAGCGAUUCUAUCAAGGAGGACCGGCGCCUGCAAUGAACAAUGACCCUUAUCGCUCGCAGUCACUCGCUUCUGCUCCUCGCCAGCCAAUGUAUCACCCUCCUCCUAGCGCCUAUCAGCAAGCACCAGCAAACCACCUUCGACAAGCCCCGUACGCGCAGCAGAACUCAGCGAGGACGACCGCUCAAGGGCGAGUUGUUCCAGAACGUCAUGAAGACCGCACCAUGUCGCUGACUGGCAAUUACCAACCCCAGAGCAUGGACGCCCACCAGACCAUGAGUGGUCGAGUCAUCCCUAACCGACGAGCACCUACCGAGCUGCCGGCCACCAACGGUUAUCCUAAUUCGAUGCCUCACGCUCCAGGGGCACAGACCCGAACCUCUAGCAUGGUUUCGUCCAAUGGUGCUGGCGAUCAUGGUAGGACCAUGUCGAUGGCCUCUACCGUGGCACCAACCAUCACCCCUUCCGAGUCUGAUGCUUCCACUUUGGUUCAGCGACCAACCAGGAGCAAGUCGAUCGAGAGCGAGCGCCCCCCGACUGCCACGAAGAUUCGACCACCCCUCGUAUAUCCUGCCCUACUAUCUCGAGUCGGAGAGUGCUUCCGUCGCAAGAUUAUUGUUGGUGACCGGACCAAGAACGAACUGACAUACAAGAAUGCUUUUAGCGGUUCUGAGGCUGUCGAUGUCUUGUCAUAUAUUAUUAGGACUACUGAUCGCAACCUUGCCCUUCUUCUUGGCCGAGCUCUGGAUGCCCAGAAGUUUUUCCACGAUGUCACUUACGAACACCGUCUGCGAGACUCCCAAUCGGAAAUGUACCAGUUCAGGGAGACACUAAUGGAUGAGCCAGAAGAUAAGCCCGCAGUCAAUGGUGUCUUUGUCCUGCUUUCCGAAUGCUAUUCUCCAACCUGUACCAGAGAUCAACUUUGUUAUUCAAUUGCCUGCCCUCGACGAUUGGAGCAAGUUUCGAGACUGAAUCUUAAGAUCAACCCUGGAUUACGAAAGGAGGAUGCUGUGAAUGCUGUCGACGACGAGGCUGAUCAGACAGACGAACAGAAACUCUGGAUUAACUCCGUUCCAAAGGAGGUUGCUGAGAAGGUCGAUGAGCGGGAGAAGAAGAGGCAGGAAGUUAUUUCGGAGAUCUGUUAUACCGAGCGAGAUUUCGUUAAGGAUUUGGAAUAUUUACGAGACUUUUGGAUUCUGCCUUUACGAUCAAAGGCUUCGCCAGUUCCUGUUCAGCGCCGCGAAAAGGUUGUCAAGACCAUUUUCAGCAACAUUAUCGACCAUCCCAGCAUUCAUACCGUCAGCUCCCGGUUUGCGUCUGGACUCACGACUCGACAACAAAAGGAACCUAUUGUCCAUAAUAUCGGUGACAUUUUCCUUGAGUAUGUCCCUCAGUUCGAGCCCUUUAUUCUGUACGGUUCGAAGCAGUUGGAAGGAAAGUUUGAAUUUGAGAACGAGAGAUCAGUCAACCCUUACUUCGGCAAGUUUGUGGACGAGAUUGAAAGACGCAAGGAGUCGAGAAAACUGGAGUUGAAUGGUUAUUUGACCAAGCCUACGACCCGUCUGGCACGAUACCCCUUGCUCUUGGAGAACGUUUUGAAAUACACGGAAGAUGGCAACCCUGAUAAAGAGGACAUUCCGAAGGUUCUGGUCAUGAUUCGAGAUAUUCUCGGCAGAGUCAACGCAGAAUCUGGAAAGGCUGAAAACCGAUUUAACCUCAGGAGGCUUCAUGAGCAGCUCCGUUUCAGACCCAAUGAGAGGGUUGAUCUUCGACUCACAGAAGAGGGACGUGAAAUGGUCUUCAAAUGCCAGUUCAAGAAGUCGCCCACGGAUCCUGCAGAAAUUACGGCCUUCCUCUUUGAUCACGCCGUUCUUCUCGUUCGCAUCAAGCAGACUGGCAAAACUGAGGAGAUCAAGGCAUACCGACGACCCAUUCCUCUGGAGCUUCUCGCAAUCAGGGAAAUGGACGAGGUGAUUCCCAAGGACGGCAACAUGAAGCGUACUUCGUCGAGCUUGAUUCCUUCGAUUCGGAACAACGCCAACGACCCAGCGAGAAAGGAAGGCUGGCCGAUCACCUUCCGCCAUCUGGGUAAAGCAGGUUACGAGCUGACGCUUUUUGCGUCUAACCAAGCUGCUCGUCAAAAGUGGCUUGAAUUUAUUCAUACUGCGCAGGAACGCCUUCGAUCCCGUGCCGACUUCUUCAACACAACGGUCAUCUCAAGCAAGUUCUUUGCAGGUACCAACCGUGUCAACUGUGUUACGCCAUUUGAUGGUGGCCGUAAGCUCUUGUACGGUACUGACAAUGGUGUCUACCUGUCGGACCGCAAGGUGAAGGAUCAAGUGCCCCGUAGGGUAUUGGAGACUGCAAGCGUUACUCAGAUUGAUAUUCUGGAAGAGUACCAAUUGCUCUUGGUCUUGUCUAACAAAACACUCCAGUCUUACCCAGUUUCUGCCCUCAACCCCGAUGAGCCCGCAUUGUCCAGGAGACCGAAAAAGAUCCAGAACCAUUGCAGUUUCUUCAAGACGGGCAUCUGCUUGGGCAGACAUCUGGUCUGUUGCGUCAAGUCAUCUGCCCUAUCUACUACGAUCAAAGUCUUUGAGCCUAAUGAUGCCAUGACCAAGGCCAAGAAGCAGAAGGGUAUUGGCAAAUUCAUGAGCGGCGGUCAUGAUGAGCUCAAGCCAUUCAAGGAGUUCUACAUUCCCACCGAAUCUUCGUCCGUUCACUUCCUCAAGUCCAAACUCUGCGUUGCCUGCGCUCGAGGUUUCGAGGUCGUUUCCCUCGAAACGCUCGAAACACAAUCAUUGCUCGACCAGGCUGAUACGUCACUUGACUUUGUGGCUCGCAAAGAAGGAGUUAGGCCAAUCCACAUUGAACGACUUAACGGAGAGUUCUUGCUUAACUAUUCGGAAUUCUCCUUCUUUGUUAACCGCAACGGCUGGAGGGCCCGGCCAGAGUGGCGAAUUGACUGGGAGGGUACACCACAGAGCUUCGCACUCAGCUACCCCUGGAUCCUUGCUUUCGAGCCAAACUUUAUUGAGCUCCGGAACAUGGAGAACGGUGCUGUGCACAUUGUGCCUCGUAAGAACAUUCGCAUGCUUCAUAGUAGUACACAUGAGAUUCUAUUUGCACACGAGGACGACAAGGGAGACGACGUUGUUGAGGCAAUCGACUUUUGGAAGAGCAACCGCAAGUCGGAGCUGCUCGGUUCAUAA